AUGACCGCGAUUUUCAAAUGGAUCACUGCCCGCGACGAGCGUCCGCCAGCACCCCAUCAACAUUCUCAUACCUCCAGUGGGGGUAACCGGCAAGCUAAUGUCCUCGUUCGACGAGAUGACAUUUCACCACGUACUAUCACUCGCUCUCCAAUGGGACCUAACUCGGUCACAUACGCAAGCAAAGAUCAAAAGCGAAAUGCUCAAUUCGUCUGCCAUCUACCAGUAGGCAGCGAGCACGCAGCGCAGGCCCAAAAGAUCGCCGCCGCAAUGUACUCUGGGCGGCCUGGUGAGGAGGGUACUCGAGAAGACAGACGUCUUGGGAGUGGCAGCACGAGUCUAUUCCUAGAGGACGAGAACGCAAGAGCAAGACGAGAGCGAGCUGGAUCUGAAUAUCUUUCAACGAAUGGUUCAGUUAGGGGCAGUGCAAAUAGGUCCGUCGUCAGCAGAGCUAGUACCGUCAUGCAGCUUCUAAAAGACAGUGAAGCUUUUGCAGGGCGAACUCCCGUGAGCGAAGAAUAUGCAUCAUCAGACGAUGAUGAAGGGCCCGAACAGGUCCCGCCGAUUUCUCGUCGCAGCACACUGUCAAGCACAACGACGAGAUAUUACACUUCAGAUGACGGCCACACAGUCGUCGAAGUGGAGCCAUCUGAGUGUUAUGGCGAGCGUGAAGAGCAUUUUGACCCUCGCGACUCCAUAUCCAGCGGCGCCCUGAGACAUGCAACUUCAGCCAGUGUGCAAGCUGCCUCGUUGGUAAUGAGUCCGGCCAGAGGCAGUGGUGGGAGCAGUAUUGACAGGACUUUGAGCAGCGCCACAGGCAGGAAGUCUCAAGUUGCUGGUUUCCGGCACAACUCAGAGACACACACGACAUAUAACAUCACGAAUAAAGACUCUGGCAGGCAAUUGUUCGUGUCAGCACCGAUUGGUAGUCGAGAGGCUGCUGUUCACGAUCAGGUGGUUAUGCAAGCAGCAACUUCAGGUUCUCGGGCUGCGAGAAUUGAAGAUGCUGGGGCCAGGACAGGAGCGAUCUCAAGAACGAGAUGGUUUGGAGAUUAG